GAUACAGGAAGCCCUCUCUGUCCUGUCCGGCCCCGUGCCUCCUCAGAUGUCCUCAAGUGCCCCUGCGUACGCUCAGGAUCAAAGGCCCGCCGUGGAGCACAAAGGAGCGUAUCACAGCAGGGACGCUCCAUCCUCCUCUUCCUCCUCCCACUCCACCUCUAGAGGAUCGGCAAGGGACCGGGACAGAGAACGAGACAGAGAUCGAGACAGAGAUAGGGACAGAGAACGAGAGAGAGAAAGAGACAGGGAGAGAGAUAGAGAAAGAGACAGGAACAAAGGGAAGGAAAAAGACAAGAAGAAGAAAAAACACAAGAAGAGGUCAAGAUCGAGAUCAAAGUCAAAGUCGAAGAGCAAAUACUCCCUCCCCAGCGCCUACAGGAGGUCCCACAGGUCCCGAUCCCGCUCACACUCCCCGGGGAGGAGGGACAGGAGCGGGGGCGCCUCAUCAGACAGGAGACGUGAGGACAGGGAGCGUGAUCGCCAUCAUCCGAGCAGCAGCAGCUCCAGCAUGCCUAGGGGGCAUUCCAGAUCCAGGUCGCCUCCUGAAAAAAAGAAGAGUUCCAUGUCAUCCUCGAGGCAGAUGCAAACGGUGGGCUCCUCUCUCUCCCCGUACGCCUCCCCAAACAGAGUCGUCCUGUCCCCGUCAGCUAGCCCCGCCUCCAGCCUGGCCCACUCCAGGUAAACUCCCACACUGUCAAUCAAGCAGCUAAUCC